AUGAUAUUAUGCAAUGACGAAGGCAUAACAGCCGCAAACAUCCUUGCACCGGAAUGCAUCCUGAACCAGGGCGCUGGUUUCCUGCUACAGGUUGCGAAGCCUUCAUCACGGUCCGCAAAAUGGAUCUCGACUUCAUAUCAGACUAACACAAAGGACAUCAAAGACAUGAUGGGAAAAUCGAAGCCAUUGGGAAAAGAAUUGGUGAAUUGCACGGCGGAUGGGCUGUUCCUAGAUGACAAAGACGCCCACAUGCUUAUUCAUGAUGCACGAAUGCGGUUUUCCGGUUCGCUGGUUAGAUUAGGCAGGGUAGAUAGGAUAUGA